GAAGAGCUCAGCCAGCCGCGCACGAUGGAUGCCCAGCGCGCCCAGGCCGGCCCCAGGAUGCCCGGGAGCAACACCUGCGCGCCCUGGCCGCCCAUCGGGUUCUGAGCGCGGCACUGCACAGGAUUCUGUAUCAGAUGUGUGUAAAAUAGACUGCUUGGUUGAAAGCAGAAAAGCAGCACAAGGAUUUGCUGAAUCCCCUGACCUUUCUCAAGAUGGAACCAAUAACCUUCACAGCGAGGAGACAUAUCUUCCCGAACGAGGCCUCAGUGGACUUUGGCCUUCAGCUGGUGGGCUCUUUGCCCGUGCAUGCUCUCACCACCAUGCCCAUGCUGCCCUGGGUGGUAGCUGAGGUACGAAGGCUCAGUGGGCAGAGCUCCAAAAAGGAGCCUGUUAACAAGCAGGUGCGGCUUUGUGUCUCGCCCUCCGGACUGAGAUGUGAACCUGACCCAGGGAAAAGUCAACAGUGGGACCCAUUGAUCUGUUCCAGUGUCUUUGAGUGCAAGCCUCAGCAUGUUCACAAGCUCAUUCACAACAGUCAUGACCCCAGUUACUUUGCCUGUCUGAUUAAGGAAGACGCCGCCCAUCGGCAGAGUAUCUGCUACGUGUUCAAAGCUGACGAUCAAACAAAAGUGCCCGAGAUCAUCAGCUCCAUCCGCCAGGCCGGCAAGAUCGCACGUCAGGAGGAGCUGCACUGCCCAUCCGAGUUUGACGACACGUUCGCCAAGAAGUUCGAGGUGCUCUUCUGUGGUCGUGUGACGGUGGCCCACAAGAAGGCACCGCCGGCCCUCAUCGACGAGUGCAUCGAGAAGUUCAACCAUGUCAGCUGCAGCAGGCGAGCAGCGGACACAGACGCUGCUGGGGUCGGGAAUCCCGAGCCUCUGGGUGCCGGGGGCGAAGUUAGCCUCCCGGACAAACUCCGAGCAGUGCUGCCCGGGGUGGCGGCCGAGGAGCCGGGCCGCAGGCCCAUGCGCAAGUCCUUCUCACAGCCGGGCCUGCGCUCACUGGCCUUCCGGAGGGAGUUCCAGGACGGAGGCCUUCGGAGCAGCAGUUUCUUCAGCUCCUUGGAGGAGAGAGACAUCGAGAACCACCUCCUCAGCGGACACCAUGUUGUGCAGCCGACAGAUAUUGAGGAAAACAGAACUAUGCUCUUUACGAUUGGCCAAUCAGAAGUUUACCUCAUCAGUCCGGACACCAAAAAAGUAGCAUUGGAGAAAAACUUUAAGGAGAUAUCCUUUUGCUCUCAGGGCAUCCGGCACGUGGACCACUUUGGGUUUAUCUGCCGGGAGUCUUCGGGCGGUGGCGGCGGCGGCCUUCAUUUCGUCUGCUACGUGUUUCAGUGCGCCAACGAAGCUCUGGUCGAUGAAAUCAUGAUGACCCUGAAGCAGGCCUUCACAGUGGCCGCGGUGCAGCAGACGGCCAAGGCGCCAGCCCAGCUGUGUGAGGGCUGCCCCCUGCAGGGCCUGCACAAGCUCUGUGAACGCAUAGAGGGAAUGAAUUCUUCUAAAACCAAACUAGAACUCCAGAAGCACCUGACAACCUUAACCAACCAGGAGCAAGCGACCAUUUUUGAGGAGGUUCAGAAAUUGAGGCCAAGAAAUGAACAGCGAGAGAAUGAGUUGAUUAUUUCCUUUCUGAGAUGUCUAUAUGAAGAGAAGCAGAAAGAACACGUCCACAUCGGGGAGAUGAAGCAGCCCGGGCACGUUGCUGCAGAGAAUGUUGGAAGUGAGCUACCAUCCAGUGCCACUCGCUUCAGGCUGGACAUGCUGAGAACCAAAGCGAAGAGGUCUCUGACGGAGUCCUUGGAGAGUAUCCUGUCCCGAGGUAACAAAGCCAGAGGUCUGCCAGAACAUUCUACCGGUGUGGAUCUCGACAGUUCCAUGUCUAGCACAUUAAGUAACUCCAGCAAAGAGCCAUCGCUGGGUGAAAAGGAGGCCCCGCCUGUCCCCGAGAGCUCCUUCAAGCUGCUGGGAUCCUCAGAUGACCUGAGCAGCGAUUCAGAGAGCCACCCCACAGAAGAGCCGGUGCUGCUGUCUCCCCAGCAGGCCUUCAGGAGGCGGGCAAACACCCUUAGUCACUUCCCCGUAGAGGGCCAGGAGUCACUGGGACCCGCCCAGGGCUCACCAGGGGUCUCGCAGAGGAAACUGAUGAGGUACCACUCACUGGGCACCGAGACACCUCAGGAACACAGUGGGGACCGUGCACCUGCUGGCGAGGCUGGGCCUGGCCCAGGCCAGUGCCUGGCUCCUCCACCUCGUCUUAACCCCUCCACCUCCUCACCCAACUUUUUUAAGUGUGUAAAACAUACUUCCAGUGGAGAGCCAAGUGGGAAUGCCGUGCCCAAGAGCGUCUCCUACCGUAAUGCCCUGCGGAAAAAACUUCAUUCUUCUUCCUCUGUGCCAAAUUUUCUAAAAUUUCUGGCUCCUGUAGAUGAAAAUAACACCUCUGACUUUGUGAGCACCAAAAGGAACUUGGAACCCAAAGCUAACCAUGUGGGGGACUCCGGUGGGACCCCCGUGAAGACACGCAGACACUCGUGGCGGCAGCAGAUCUUCCUUCGGGUGGCUACCCCACAGAAAGCGGGCGACUCACCGAGCAGAUACGAAGAUUAUACGGAGCUGGGAGACCUCCCACCACGGUCUCCCCUAGAGCCUGUUUGUGAAGAUGGGCCCUUUGGUCCCGUGCCCGAGGAGAAGAAAAGGACCUCAAGGGAGCUUCGAGAGCUGUGGCGAAAGGCUAUCCUGCAGCAGAUCCUGCUCCUGAGGAUGGAGAAGGAGAACCAGAAGCUGCAAGCCUCCGAAAACGAUCUGCUCAACAAGCGCCUGAAGCUCGAUUAUGAGGAAAUCACUCCUUGUCUUAAAGAGGUGACUGCAGUGUGGGAAAAGAUGCUCGGCACUCCGGGCCGGGCAAAGAUCAAGUUUGACAUGGACAGAAUGCACUCGGCUGUCGGGCAAGGUGUCCCACGUCAUCAUCGGGGUGAAAUCUGGAAAUUUCUGGCAGAGCAGUUCCACCUGAAGCAUCCGUUCCCCAGCAAACAGCAACCGAGGGAUGUGCCAUACAAAGAACUCCUAAAGCAGCUGACAUCCCAGCAGCACGCCAUCCUCAUCGACCUCGGACGAACCUUUCCAACACAUCCCUACUUCUCUGCCCAGCUUGGAGCCGGCCAGCUGUCGCUCUACAACAUUUUGAAGGCCUACUCACUUCUAGACCAGGAAGUGGGGUACUGCCAGGGUCUCAGCUUUGUAGCAGGCAUCUUACUGCUGCAUAUGAGCGAGGAAGAAGCAUUUCGAAUGCUCAAGUUUCUAAUGUUUGACAUGGGCCUGCGGAAACAGUAUCGGCCGGACAUGAUUAUCUUACAGAUCCAGAUGUACCAGCUCUCGCGGCUACUCCACGACUACCACCGAGACCUGUACAAUCACCUGGAAGAGCAUGAGAUCGGCCCCAGCCUCUACGCCGCGCCCUGGUUCCUCACCGUGUUUGCCUCACAGUUCCCACUGGGAUUUGUUGCCAGAGUCUUUGAUAUGAUCUUCCUUCAGGGGUCAGAGGUCAUAUUCAAAGUGGCCCUAAGUCUGUUGGGAAGCCACAAGCCCUUGAUUCUGCAGCACGAAAACCUAGAGACCAUAGUCGACUUCAUAAAAAACACACUCCCCAACCUGGGCUUGGUACAAAUGGAGAAGACCAUCAGCCAGGUGUUUGAGAUGGACAUCGCCAAGCAGUUACAAGCUUAUGAAGUCGAGUACCACGUGCUUCAAGAAGAGCUCAUCGACUCCUCGCCUCUCAGUGACAACCAAAGAAUGGAUAAGUUAGAGAAAACUAACAGCAGCUUACGCAAACAGAACCUUGACCUCCUGGAACAGUUGCAGGUGGCCAACAGCAGGAUCCAAAGCCUGGAAGCCACAGUGGAGAAGCUGCUGGGCAGUGAGAGCAAGCUAAAGCAGGCCUUGCUGGCACUGGAGCUGGAGCGGGCUGCCCUGCUGCAGGCCAUGGAGGGGCUGCAGCAGGGCCAGCCGGGGGGUCCCGACCCUGCUCAGCUCCAGCCCACAGGCGACUGACAAUGGCUGCACAGAAGAGAACGCAGCUGCAUCCCAACACUUUCCAGGCCCUGACGGAGAGAGACAGAGGAUGCUGCAGGGAGAGAAGGCAGCAUGGAGCGAGCUUCUCAGGGAGGACACUGACUUGCCAGCAUGCGGAGUCUUACAAGGGAUCCCCAUCCUGGUGUUUGUGUGUUGUUUUUGGUUCUCAUACGUCCUUCUCCAGUCCUCAUUACUGUACUUGGUAGCUUUAGAUGGCAUGGACACCAAUAAAUGCACCUUUAUAUUUC